AUGGCGAUGCAGGAUUAUAUUGGCGAACUCUCUCUCGGCAAGAAACCGCAGGAGGCUACUGUGCACAAGAUGUUCCUAGACCCAAGUGGAAAGCACCUCUUGAUUACAACUGCUCAAGGUGAUAACUACUAUCUCUACGAAGGAUGGAAGAAAUCAAAGCAGCUUGGUCGACUAAAGAUGGUUAUCGAGGCUGUGGCAUGGAAUGAUGAAAAGCUCUUCCCUUACUCUGGUGCAUCCUCGCAUUCUGGUCCUAGUACACACGAAAUCCUGUUAGGAGGUCGAAAUGGGACUAUAUACGAGGCCCUUAUAUCUCCUGCGGAAGAAUUCUUCAAGUCCCCGGAUCGUUAUGUUCAAGCAGUCUAUACACUUCCUGACAAACAAUCCGUCUGUGGUAUCAAGUUCGAGAGACUAAAGGAUGAUCCUUCGCGUGCCGUUGUGGUAAUUGCAACAGCCUCCCGUCUUUAUCAAUUAGUUGGACCUGUUGGUGGCAAAGCGGAUACCGAUGGGUCUCGAGUAUUUGAGACUCUAUUUGCGUCUUACAACAGGGACACACCCGCCAAGUAUAUGGAACUAUCUGGGGGACUCCAGUAUUCCACACUACAGUUUUAUUCUCCAGAGCACGCAGGCGGGGCCCCUGGGAAACGGUUAGCAUGGUUGACCUCCAGAGGGUUGUUCCAUGCGACGCUUGCGACAGCACGCCAACUGGCUGGGGACCUGUCAUCUCAAGAUUUUCUUGAUACGUCGUCAUUGCUCCCAUACCCUACAUCAUUAGCUGAUGGAAGUUCUCGGAGUCCCGGUGGGAACAAUUUCCCACUGGGCGUUGUCCUGACCGAAUUCCACUUUCUCUUGCUACUGAGCGAUCGAGUGAUGGGGUAUUCGCGCUUGGAUGACAGUUUAAUUUAUGAUGAGGCGAUUUCUUUACGCCGCGCAGAAAGGUUACUAGGCAUAGUGUCUGAUCCGAUAAAUCGCACAUUGUGGAUCUACUCGACCAAUGGACUCUACGAGGUCGUUAGGGUUGACGAGGAGCGCGAUGUUUGGAAGAUUUACCUUGAUAAGGCCGAUUACGCGCUUGCUCUCAAAUUUGCAAAGUUACCAAGGCAUAGAGAUACUGUACUAGCAGCACAGGGCGCCGCCUUUUUUAAUCAAGGCCAGUUCAUCCAGGCUGCCCAAUCUUACUCUCAAUCUGUAUCAGCUCCAUUCGAAGAAGUUGCUUUGAAAUUCGUGGAUGUCGGUGAGCGAGACGCCUUGCGAUAUUUCCUUAGGUCGCGACUUGCCACUACUCGCAAGACGGAUGUUACCCAAAGAGCUAUGCUCGCAACUUGGCUCAUAGAGUUCUACCUUAGCAAGUGUAACGAACUUGAUGAUUUGAUCGCAUCUUCAUCUGCAUCCAACGAUGUGAGCAACUUGCAAGCAGAGCAAAUUCAUUUAGAAGAAGAACUUCAAGAGUUCUUUGAGACAUACAAGGCCAAUCUCGACCGCAAAACAACAUAUGACUUGAUCCGUGGUCAUGGACGUACAGAUGUCUUUCUUGAUUUUGCUGGUGUAACUGGUGAUUUCGAACGAAUUAUUGAGCACUGGGUGUCUGAAGAGGAAUGGGUUAAAGCCAUCGAUGUUUUACAUCGCCAGCCGGACCUUGAGCUCUACUACCGCUUCGCUUCGGCCAUGAUAAGAUCAGCUCCUAAAGAAACAGUUGACGCAUGGACACGACGUCCCGCAUUAGAUCCCAUUCGUCUCAUACCAGCGCUGCUUCAGCAGCAACACCGACCAGUAAAUCCCCUUCAACAGAAUCAUUCCGUGCGAUACUUGAAUCACCUCGUCUUCGAACAAGGAAACACUACUCCCACAAUACACAAUCUAAUAGUAACAUUCCUUGCAGCAAAUAAUGAUGAUGGGCCACUCCUGCGCUUCUUGACUACAGCGCCAAGCGACCCGAUCAGUAGCAGGCCUUACUAUGAUCUCGAUUACGCUCUUCGUAUCUGCCGUACAAAUGGACGCAUACAGCCAUGCGUUCACAUCUAUGCUAAAAUGGGAUUGUACGAAGAGAGCGUUUCACUGGCCCUGGAAAAGGGCGACCUUGAACUGGCUCAGAUUACAGCCAACAUGCCCGAAGAUGAUAUUCAACUCCGGAAGAAACUUUGGCUCAAAGUUGCACGAUACGUGGUAGAGGAUAAGAAGGAUAUCAAAACUGCUAUGCAAUUCCUUUCGAACACCGAAUUGUUAAAGAUAGAAGAUAUUUUGCCGUUCUUCCCUGAUUUCGUUGUGAUCGACGAUUUCAAGGACGAUAUCUGCAAUGCCCUGGAAGAUUACAGCGCUCGGAUAGUCGAGCUCAAGCAAGACAUGGAUGGCGCAAUGGAGUCUGCCGCUGCGGUCUCUCGAGAUAUAUCCCAAUUGAAGAACAGAUUUGUGAUCAUAGAACAGGGUGAAAGGUGUACUCAAUGUCAAGCACCUCUCCUGUUACGCCAGUUUUAUGCUUUCCCCUGUCAGCACACAUUCCACGCGGACUGCUUGAUUGGACUAGCGAAAGAAUCAUUAUCUGCGGUUCAGUUGCGGCGCAUAGUUGCACUUCAAACUGAGCUAGUCAAAUUGGCGUCGAGUCAAGAAACAAAUGGGCAGCCUGUAAUAUCUGCCCCAGUUGCACCUGUGCCGCCAUCAACUCCCCAAGCGUCCCGAGCUUCGACUCAAGCACAACGGACGCUGCUUUCCGCCACCUUCGCUACUGGAGGUGUCAACGGCAGUCUUACUCGUGCUCUGAACCCACUUACGGCUGCUGCGACCAUGGGGAGCGUGAUGGUCACAGCAAGCGACAAACUACGAGACUUGAUUGUGCCAGACGCGCUUGCCACAGCCGUAGGUGUAUGGGGUGAUCGUGGGAAAGCCAUUGGCGGUGCUAUUGGGAUUAAUCAUAAUCAUGCUAAUGAAGGGGAAACUGGCUCAAGAAUCGAAUCUUUGAGGGCCGAGCUGGAUAAUGUUCUCGCAGGGAGCUGCCCACUUUGCGACUCUGUGGUUUCGGGGAUUGACAAACCAUUCAUCAAGGAAGGAGAAAUCGAUACAUCAUGGACCAUCUAA